AUGGGUGUUCCAGCGCUGUUCCGAUGGCUCAGCAAGAAGUACCCGAAGAUCAUCUCACCCGUGGUUGAGGAGCAGCCGCAAGAGAUCGAGAACCCAGAUGGCACAACCACCAAGAUCCCCAUCGAUGCGCGAGGGCCGAAUCCGAACAAUGAAGAGUUCGACAACCUGUAUCUGGAUAUGAACGGUAUCGUGCACCCAUGUUCGCAUCCGGAAGACCGCCCGCCGCCGGCCAACGAGGAAGAGAUGAUGAUAGCCAUCUUCGAGUACACUGAGCGCGUCGUGAACAUGGUGCGCCCGCGGAAACUGCUCAUGAUCGCUGUCGACGGUGUUGCGCCUCGUGCCAAGAUGAACCAGCAGCGAAGUAGACGUUUCCGCAGUGCGCAAGAAGCCGCCGAGAAGGACGCUGAGGCAGCUGAGUUCCACAAGCGCAUGAUCGCAAAUGGCGAGCGCGGUGCAGAUGGUGAUGGCGAAGAGUCCAACCCUAAGAAGACUUGGGAUUCCAACUCCAUUACCCCUGGCACACCGUUCAUGGAUCUCUUGGCUGCUAGUCUGCGCUACUGGAUCAGCUAUAAGCUCACCACCGAUCCCGCAUGGGAGAAGAUGAAGAUCAUCAUAUCUGAUGCCACAGUUCCCGGUGAAGGUGAGCAUAAGAUCAUGAACUUCGUCAGGUCUCAGCGCAGCUCGCCGGACCAUGACCCAAACACGAGACAUGUCAUCUACGGUCUUGACGCAGAUCUUAUCAUGUUGGGUCUUGCUACCCACGAGCCUCACUUCCGUGUCCUACGAGAGGAUGUGUUUGCCAACGAUACGAAGCCCGGACAUUGCCGGAAGUGCAAUCAGCCUGGCCACAUUGCCGCAAACUGCCAGGGAAAGCCGAAAGAGGAAGACGACAGGGUCGUGAAACCAUUGAAGCCGUUCAUCUGGCUGCACGUUGGCAUAUUGCGGGAAUAUCUGGCAGUCGAGAUGAGCGUGCCAAACCAGGGCUUCAAGUUCGACCUUGAAAGAGCUCUGGACGAUUGGGUGUUCAUGUGUUUCUUUGUCGGAAACGAUUUCCUGCCACAUUUGCCAUCAUUGGACAUCCGAGAGGACGGUAUCGAUACACUGAUUGCUAUAUGGCGUGACAAUUUGCCAGUCAUGGGCGGCUAUGUCACGAAAGAUGGUCAUGUGGAUCUCGCAAGGGCACAGCUUAUUCUGGGAGGUCUGGCCAAGCAGGAAGAUGCCAUCUUUAAGAGACGACGAGAGGGAGAGGUUAGAGCCGCUGAAAAGCAGAAACAGCGUGAGCAACGAGACCAGCGCAACUCCAACAAGCGAGCACGAUGGUCGAACAAUGGUGCUCCUACCGGCUUCGAUGAAACUGUCGUCAGGAGAGGCGCUCGUGGAGGCAUUAUCAGAGGAGAAGCUGCGCCAGAUCCAAACGCAUUGCCUACAUUCAAGCCAGGCCAAGCGCAGACAAUGAACGACCCGCGCUUCCUCACCCAUGCUGAUGUCGUUGGCGGGAAGUCAAAUUCAGACAACAAGUCAGCUGCUGCCGCAUUGAAGGAGCAGUUGAUGGGCAGCAAAAAGCCAGCAGACAACCAAAAAGCGGAGCUUGAUGCUCUUUUCGCCGGCUCGAGCGGUGGUGCUCCGGAGCCUGUUCUGGGUAAACGACAGCGAGACAUGAUGGACGAUGCUGCAGCAGACGAGGCAAGCUCGGAUCCAUCGACACCUGGCCGCAACACCCCCAACAGGGAGAUUGCGGAUCCUCUGAACAAAGGUACUUCGGGUGCGCUUGGCGGCAACUCGAAAGACGACGAAAAUGGCAUGCCAGAAGAUACAGUCAAGCUGUGGGAAGAUGGCUACCAAGGUCGAUACUACGAGCAGAAGUUCCAUGUCUCGCCCGAGGACAUCGAAUUCCGCCACAAGGUUGCACGCAGCUAUGUCGAAGGUCUAGCCUGGGUGUUACUGUACUAUUUUCAAGGCUGCCCCUCGUGGACAUGGUACUACCCAUACCACUACGCACCUUUCGCCGCGGAUUUCGUCGACAUGGAGAAGCAGGUCGUCAAAUUCGAGAAAGGAAAGCCCUUCCAUCCAUACGAGCAGCUGAUGGGUGUCAUGCCAGCGGCUUCCAACCACGUGCUUCCGAAGCCAUUCCACCCACUCAUGACGGACGAGGACAGUCCGAUCAAGGAGUUCUACCCUCUGGAAUUCGAAGUUGACUUGAACGGCAAGAAGUUCGCCUGGCAGGGUGUCGCGCUGCUACCCUUCAUCGACGAAAAGAAGUUAUUGGAUGCCAUGGCCACCAAGUAUCCGAUGCUGACAGACGAUGAGAAGCGGCGAAACGGUUUCGGUGAGGAAGCACUCAUUUUCAGCACGAAACACCCACUGUACAACGACGUUGUUGCCAACUUCUACGGCAAGAAGGCUGGCACACCAAAGCUCAAGAUGAACGCUAAGGUAUCCGAAGGCCUUUCAGGCAAGAUCACGAAGAACGAGGACUACAUUCCGAACUCGGAGCUCACCUUCCCCUUCGAGAGUGAUGAUCAGGACGAAUUCACAAGCCUGGACACGGAUGAGAGCGUCAAGGUGCACUAUCACAUGCCCACGUUCAACAGCAUACACAAGUCCAUGCUCCUACCCGGCAUCAAGUUCAACGAGCCGGUACUGGACUAUAACGAUGUCCAGAUGACACGCAAUCGAGCAGAGAAGAGCGGCCGCAGUCACGGUGGCGUACAGCUUUCACAAGGUGGUGACAGAUCAGACGGCCGUCGCAUGAACUUCGCCGCACGAGACGAUCCACGGGGCGGCAAUGAUCGCAACAACGGCCAUGGCCACGGAAAUGGCUGUGGUGCGAAUGGCGGUUACGGUCGAGGCGAUCCUUACUCUAGCAGAGCAGCUGAAGCCUUCGGCAACCUUCCACCACAUCUUGCUGCACAAGCUGCACAGCACGGCUACGGACCACCUGGCGGUGGACAGGAUCGGUACCCACCUCCUCAGCCUCCACGUGGCUACCCGCCGCAGCAAGGCUACCCGCCUCAAGGUUACGACCGGAACCGAGCACCCCCGCCACCACAGCAUAACGGGUAUGGUGGACGCGGUGGCUACAGCGGUGGCUACGGUGGUGGUCGAGGAGGAGGAGGAGGAGGAUAUGGAGGUGAUAGCUAUCGGGGUGGGGAUUACAACAGUGGCGGAUAUGGCGGAGGCUCGAACGGUUAUGGUCGUGGCGGAGGCCGACGCUAUUAG